AUGCCAGCUACACACACUCCCCAUUUUGACAGAGGCCACCGUUUCAGUGGCAGCAGCAGUGACAUAUCACUCUCUGGCGAGAUUGGGGCUCGUAGGAACUCUUCAGUGUCAGAUUGCUUGUCCGAGGUGGAUUUGGAGAGUGGAGGUUUGGAUUUGGAGGUGCAUUUGGACAACAAGACUCGGAGAGAUUGUAGAAUUUGCCACUUGGGUUUGGGGACUAGUGAGCAAGAAAGUGGAGUAGCUAUUGAGCUGGGGUGUUCUUGUAAGGGUGAUCUGGGUGCUGCUCACAGGAAAUGUGCAGAGACCUGGUUCAAUAUCAAGGGUAACACGACAUGUGAGAUUUGUGGUGCCACUGCACUGGGUGUUGCAGGCGAGCAGACACAUGAGGCACAAAUUGCUGGUUCUGCAGUCUCAUCAGCACCAGCAGGUCCUCUGAUCCUGGUGGAGACCCGAACAUUUUGGCAUAGCCGCCGCAUUAUGAACUUCUUGCUUGCAUGCAUGGUGGUGGCCUUUGUCAUUUCUUGGCUCUUUCACUUCAAAGUCCUCUCUUGA